CGCGUAACAUCUUAAUUGAAACUCACCACGAACAUCUGGUAUUUCAACAGAAUAAACCAAAGACUAAGAGGAAUCUUAAAAUAUUUAUUGAAUUCUUUACUGAUUAAGAGCUUUUCUUUCCAGAGAAGUACAUUAAAGCAUCAGUGAUCGUAGUUAGGGCAUCGUAGCCUAAACCAUAUAAUAAGCUAGUACUCGGGUUUCGCGUUUUACGGCAUCUUUUGUAAGAAAUUCCAUUUACAGAAGAGUUCAUUUACGGUAAAAGAGGACUUACAAAUCUCAAAAGUUUAACUAUUGAGGAACCACUUUUGUUUGAUUGAAGUGAAAACUAAUUGAAUAAUUAGUAAGUGAAAUUCCUGGAACAAAAGUUAACGAAGAAACGACUAAACAAUGUUUGAAUGAUGGAGCUAUCUCCAAAGGAUGAUAUUUCUGAAGUAUUGAAUAAUGGAGCAUCGCAAUCUACGGAUCCUUCUUUAUGGGCUAUAUUCGGACAACACUCAAUGGAAGAUUCAAGCGAAAGGAGGAAUGUUGGUGCUGAAGUAGAUAAUGGUAUUUUUGACCUUAGUCAGUUAAACGAGCAUCAAUUGACCUCGUCCAUGCCCAACGCCAUGGGUUUGUCGGGUCAGAAUGGACUAAUAGCCAAAAGCUUCGAUGGAGAUGAUAACCCUGGCAAGGACGAUGCAUCUCUGCUAAGCCAACAUAUGCUGAGCACCGAAAUGGAACACAAAAUUAUGGAGGCGAAGGGUCGACAAGCAGUGGGUGGCAAUCGUAAAGGUAAACGCGUUUCUACAACUGCAAAUUCACUUGAGCGUAAUGGAACACAGUAUGUCUCAAAUGAGGCUCCAAUCGCCGUGAAAUCCAGCAUCCCCGCGCUUCCGCGUACUACCUAUGAAAGACUCUGCUACGAGUCUGCAAUUGCCAGUGGAUUAUCUCCUGAUUCUCUUUCAAGUGAUGAGGUAGGUUUGCUAUCUGAAAUCCUGGAUAAUCCUUCUUGGUUGUCUCUUUAUUUAAAAAUCCGUAACGGCAUAUGCUAUCUAUGGCAUAGAAACCCGACACUGUUUGUAUCCUUUAAUGAAGCCUUGGGUAUCGUUCGAGAAAAAAUGGCAUUUCCUUUGGCGUCAUUAGCUUUUGAAUUUUUAACGAGAAGCGGCUACAUUAACUAUGGAUCACUCAAUAUUUCUCUUAGUCUGCAACCAGGAGAAAAUCUUCCUCAGAAAACUGUAGCUAUCGUUGGUGCUGGCAUGGCUGGCAUAAGUUGCGCGCGUCAAUUAGCAAAUUUAUUUGCGCAAUAUGAGCAGGACUUUAUAAAUCGCGGUGAAAAAUCUCCUCAGUUAAUCCUUUACGAGGCAUCAAGUCGAUUAGGAGGCCACGUUUUUUCUCAUGGAGUACCUAUUUAUGAUUCUUUAAGUGAAGAAGAACAAACUGGACGUCAGUCAGAUGCACUUCAAACCUGCGUGGUUAACUUAUCAUCUGACUUUCUAUAUGGCUGUCCCUUUUUAGAAAAUGAUCCGUUACACAUCAUAGUCUCUCAGCAACUUUCAUUAGACGAAGUAAUACGCCAGACUCAGAACGUUGCUCUAUAUGAUUCUGGAGAUGGUCGAAUAGACCAAAGGCAUAUAGACAGAGUCUUAAUGCUAUUUAGAUCUUUACUUGAUUAUUUUUUCUCAAUGAAAAAUGAUCAACUUCUGAAUAUAGUAUUUUCCCCCAAACAAAAGUUUAUUCUUACUUUGCAGAAUUUGGACUGGCGUCUUGUUACUGAUGAAUUUCCCUUGUCUAAUUACGACUCACUUAAAGACUUCUUAGAGGAUUCCUUCAAAAAUUUGAAUCAAUUACUACACUUUUCCAUUGCGGAAACCCGGGUGUUUGAAUGGUGCGUUGAGUACUUAAAACAAAUGUCUUGUGUGCCGUUAGAAUUAAUAAAAGCGUCAUCUAAAUGUUUUAUUAACUUCCCUUUUGGAGAAGCUGUUCCUUCGUAUGCUAUUAAAAACGGCAUGUCAACGCUAAUUGAAGCACUAGCUACGACUCCUAGUCCUUUACCGGUUUUAUUUGAUCAUACCGUCCAGUCAGUCAAUUUAGAAGGCCAAAAAGCUCACCUUUCAUUUACGAAUGACACAAAUAUAACUGUUGAUAAAGUGGUAAUGUGUUUACCUAUUAAUAAGUAUCGAGAGUCUAACGUUUCAUUUGGACCGCCAAUAUCUGAGCAGAAACUAGAUGCUUUGAAUAAGUGCUACUUAUUGAAUCGCAAAAAAGUUAUCUUUCUGUUUAAAAGCCAGUUUUGGGAACUUCACAAAAGCGUCUUUGGGUCUUUGACCUCUAGUAAGAAAAACUACAUAUAUAACGAUUGUUCAGACAUAUAUGGAUUCCCAUCAUUAAGCGUGUACGUGGAUAUUCCUGCGCAUCAACGAGUUGUUGACAGAGAUAUUGUUCAUAAUAUCCUUUUAGAACUCAGUAACAUUUUUAAAAUCGAGAAUCUGCAACCGUUACGCACUGUUAUUACGAACUGGGAAAACAAUGCAUAUUCAAAUCACUACUCAUAUGCUAUUUCACCUGAUUCAUCCUUAGAAGAUUAUUCUGUUUUAAGAGAGAGCAUGGACGAUACUAUAUAUUUUGCCAGUGAAGCGUUAUCAAAAGAGUAUUCCGGAACUUUACGCGGUGCUUUCCAAUCUGGUUUAUUGGCUGCGAAAGAUGUUCUUAGUUCUUUAAUUGGGGAUGUUGCCGUUCCUAAUACUUUAAUAGUAGAAGAAAAACUUGAAGGAUCUGAAUCCAACCGUAAAAGAUCAGCAGGACAAGUGUAUGGCAAUGGAAGGAAAGGAAAUGAUGACAAUAAAGCCCUCAAUUACUAUCACGAUUAUCUUAGAUUAAGGAAGCAGAGACUUGAAAGAGAAGAGCAAGAAUGCGAACUUUUAAUCGCCGAACUUCUUGGCGCUCGGCCCGUUGCUCCUACAAGACCAAGCGCAAACCCAUACUUAAUAUAUCAAAAAACUCAAUGGCAUGUGUGUAGAGCACUUGCAGACCAAGAAAAACAAAGAAGUACUGGUGAUCCUGAGGCACGUGCCACAAAAAAUGAAAUCAGGGCCAAACUUGGAAAAACAUGGAGAGCUCUCGAUGAUCUAGGAAAACAACCCUGGGUCGAUGAGGUCUCUGCUAGGCGGGCGAAUUAUUCCAGUCGUUUAGAAGAGUAUCAAAGACAAAUAAAUGCCUAUAAUGUUCGCGCCGCACAAAUUCGCGAUGAGCAUCGUCGCAAGUGUGAAUCUCAGCCUCUUCCCGAAGAAGAAGCAAGGUUGAAGAUCCUUUCGCAGGAGGAAGACGAGCGUGCUCAAAAGCGUCGUCUUCUAGAAAAUACAACCUUGAACGACAGUGACGAGGAAUAUCGAGAAGAUAUGGAUUAUGAAGAACAAAUUGAUGAUAAUUUUUCCGAUACGUUCACUUAGAUUAUAAUAGGCAAUCUAAAAAUAUACGCUUGGGUUUCUGGUGCACUUCUUUUUUUUUUUUUUUUAAAAAAUUUUAAAAAAAAGAAGAAAAAAGUAAUACAAAAUUUAUUCACGUAAAAACUAGUUUAUCAUUUAUUCCCUUCCUAUUAUAGAAAAAAUACAUACUCAUAUUCCU